AGUGUUUUGACAAUGUCUGGAACUUACUAUAAAAGGGCUUUUUAUGUAGGUACAUCAUCAUUAGAAGAAGGCUUAAGUCCUGAAAAAUGUUGCACUUUCCGGGGAAGCUUUUCAAAAUUAGAUAUUCACACCGGUGCCAUCUUGUGGCAAACCUACAUGCUGCCGGAUAACCAUGGAAAACUAGGAGAGUACGCUGGAGCCGCCGUGUGGGGAAGCAGCCCUUCCAUUGAUGAGGCAAGGAACCAUGUCUACAUUGCCACCGGGAACUUGUACUCGGCGCCUUUGCGCGUUCGCCGGUGUCAAGAGAAACAGAACAACCUAACAGCGCGGCCAACGCACCCGGACGAUUGCGUUGAGGAGGAGAAUCACUCGAAUUCGAUUCUUGCUUUGGGUUUGGACAAUGGUGAAAUCAAGUGGUAUCAUCAAUUGGGAGGGUAUGAUGUAUGGUUCUUGGCGUGUAACAAUGUAUCUUCAUCUCCUAAUUGUCCUCCAGGUCCUAAUCCAGAUGCUGAUUUUUCUGAGGCACCGAUGAUGAUAACAAUUGAUGUGAAGGGAAGAAAGGAAGAUAUUGUUGUUGCUGUGCAAAAGAGUGGUUUUGCUUGGGCUUUGCACCGGGACAACGGCAACAUCGUUUGGUCAACGGAAGCUGGGCCAGGUGGGAUUGCAGGAGGCGGAUACUGGGGGGCAGCAACCGACACAAAGAUGGUAUACACCAACAUUGCAAACUCUGAUGCCAAAAAUUUCACUCUUAAACCCUCGGACAAGACCACAACCAGUGGUGGUUGGGUGGCAAUGGAUGCUAGUAGUGGCACAAUACUAUGGUCGGUUGGAAACCCUAGCAAUGCCAGUGCCAGUGGACCUGUUAGUGUGGCUAAUGACAUUGUCUUUGCAGGCUCCCCAGAUUGGAAGGGUUCUAUUUAUGCAAUUAAUGUAAAGAGUGGUGAAAUUGUUUGGUCCUUUGAGACUGGUGCUACUGUUUAUGGUGGAAUGUCAAUUAGUGAUGGAUGUAUAUACCUUGGAAAUGGGUAUAAUGUUAGUCUUGGAUUGUUUUUUGGGAACCACACUUCUGGAACCUCGCUUUAUGCAUUUUGUGUCUAAGCAAAAUACAUCACCACCAAAGUAAUAAUCUUCCAUCAUUUGAUGGAAAAAAAAGAAACUUAGUGAUGGACUCAAUGUUGGAUUUGAAUCUAUAUAUUAUAUAUUAUA